CCCAUGAUACCUUCUGAUUGUUGGGUGCGUCGGAAUUGGAUCCGUCAGUAGUCGGUGGGCGGUAAAAUGGCGGAGAGUGACUACGAGUCGGUUUUGUGUGUGAAGCCGGAGGUUCACGUGUACAGAAUACCGCCGAGAACCACGAACCGAGGCUACAGAGCUGCAGAUUGGAAGUUGGAUCAACCUGACUGGACUGGAAGACUCCGGAUAACAGCAAAAGGAAAUACUGCUUACAUUAAGUUGGAAGACAGGAAUUCAGGAGAGUUGUUUGCACAAUCGCCAGUAGACCAGUUUCCCGGAAUUGCAGUGGAGAGUGUUAUUGACUCCAGCAGAUACUUUGUAAUUCGCAUUGAGGAUGGAAAUGGACGACGUGCGUUCAUUGGCAUUGGAUUUGUAGAUCGUGGUGACGCUUUUGAUUUUAAUGUCGGUCUCCAAGAUCACUUCAAAUGGGUUAAGCAGCAGAACGAACUUGCCAAACAAGCUCAGAACCCAGAUUCUGGACCCAAGUUGGACUUGGGAUUUAAAGAUGGACAGACCAUCAAGCUAAAUAUUGGGAAUGUACGGAAGAAGGAAAACUCGUCAACUAAGCCACGUCUACCGGGUAGUGGAAUAGGUCUACUUCCACCUCCUCCAGGGGCUAAAGCACCAACACUGCUCCCACCACCAGGAUCACACAGUGCGCAGGAUCCAGUGAUGCAACAGCCUGUGAAGCCAGCUACUCCAGAAUUACUGGGAGACUUUUUUGCUCCAACUCUACCUCCUCCUCAGGCUUCUCAUGCUGCCCCAACUGAUCUUUGGGGAGAUUUUGCAACAGCCCCCAGCUCUGCUACAAGCCAAGUGACCCAGAGUGCAAAUUGGGUACAGUUUUGACAUGGGACAUCUUUGUUUUCUUCUUUGAAAUUAAGAACCUGAGAGACCAUGAUUGACAUUUGCUUUUCGGUAAGAUUUUUGGAAGCGGAAUCUGCUGGGAGUCCAUUGUGUCAGAGCCAGCUGGAUUCUGGACUCUCAUGCUACAGUCUUGGAACGUUUCAUUUCCAUUUACAAUGCAUUUGUACCAGGACAUCUACCCCAUCCCUGUAUCUACAGUGUUUCCGAGAGCCCGGACAUCCAUUGCCAUCUAUGAUGACUUUGCUUCAUGGUGAUUGGAUUCUGUUCCCUAAAGGUCACUGGGACACAAAUGCAUAUUAAAAUGGACUAAUCAUGUUUUUGAUUUUUUUUUUAAGUGUGUAUAAUAAUGGUCUUAACUUGGAAGCGUUCUUUAAGCGCAUCAAACUGUUUCACACACU